UCCAACAGUUGGGUGAAGCUCUGAAUCUGUCUUUCUCUUUGACAGGUAUGCCUGUGGCCAUCAGCGUGUCUCCGGACAGGUAACCAGGUGUGUUGCAGCUGUCAUGGCCUCGGCAACUGCCCGACUGUUUCCUGUCACCGUGGUCACAGUUCUAGCUGUGCUCGUGUCAUCGGAGGAGCAUGAGUGGCACUUUAACCCAGCUCAGUGUCGUUACGCCCUGGGGAUGGAGGAUGGCACCAUCCCAGACUCUGACAUCACUGCCUCCAGCGCCUGGUCAGACUCCACCGAGGCCAAACAUGGAAGGUUGAGCACCGGAGAGGGCGAUGGAGCUUGGUGCCCAGCAGGACCCGUCUUCCCGAGUGGAUCAGAAUACCUCCAGGUUGACCUGCGCAAACUCCACUUCCUGGCUCUGGUUGGUACCCAAGGUCGCCAUGCCGACGGUCACGGCCAGGAGUUUGCCCGCAGCUAUCGACUCCGUUACUCUAGAGAUGGAGUGAAAUGGAUUACCUGGAAGGACCGCUGGGGUCAAGAGGUGGUGUCGGGUAAUAAGAACACCUAUGAAGUUGUGCUGAAAGACCUGGGCCCCCCUAUUGUGGCCCGCAUGGUCCGCUUCUAUCCCCUGGCUGACCGCGUGAUGAGUGUUUGCCUUCGAGUGGAGCUCUAUGGUUGUGUGUGGAAUGAUGGACUGAAGGCUUACACGGCUCCGGUGGGUCACGUCAUGCACUUGCCUGGUAUGUCUGUGUUUCUGAACGACUCCACCUAUGACGGGAGCACAGAGCAAGGGAUGCAGUUUGGAGGCUUGGGCCAGCUCUGUGACGGUGUCCUGGGGGAAGACGACUUCAUACAAACCAAAGAGCUGAGGGUGUGGCCCGGGUACGAUUACAUUGGCUGGAGCCGGGAAGCUCUCGGACAAGGCAGCGUGGAUAUCGAGUUUGAUUUCGAAAAACCUCGACUCUUCAACACCAUGCAGGUGCACAGUAACAACCGCCACACUCAGGGCGUGCGAGUCUUCAGUAAAGUAGAGUGUGUUUUUAAGCCUGGGCUCCUUCAGCCCUGGUCCUCUCCUGCGCUCACCCUGCCCGUGCCCCUUGAGGAUCUAAAGGACCCUUCCUCUCGACCCAUUUCCCUCCCACUCGGUGGCCGGCUGGCUCAGAUCCUCCGCUGCACAUUCUACUUUGCAGAUCGCUGGCUGCUCAUCAGCGAGAUAUCCUUCCUCUCUGAGCCGUUUGAAGAAGAUGUCACAGACACCAAUUUAUUGCCACAUAAUCCUCCCAAGAUUCCCGUCGCCAGCUCCAUUCCUGCUGUUAAUUUUACUACCUCUUUUUCCACAUUGAGUCACAGCCCCUCCAACGCCACCACCGAGCCUUCUGAACCACCCACUGCCACCACGUUCAUGAUGGACACCACUGGUAACUGGACACUGUCAGGUCAAGAAUUUGAACUUGUCACUCAAAGGGUGGGGCUUCCUGAAGCCAAAGAGGACAGCAGUGAUACAGCCAUUCUGAUUGGCUGCCUGGUGGGCAUCAUCCUCCUGCUGCUGGCUGUGAUAGUCGGCAUUCUCUGGAGGCAGUACUGGAAGAAGAUUCUGGGCAAGGCCCAGGGCAGUCUGUCCAGCGAUGAGCUCCGAGUUCACCUGUCCGUCCCCUCGGACAACGUGGUCAUCAACAACACGCACAGCUACUCCAGCCGCUAUCAGCGCAUACACACUUUUCCUGACGACCGCGACCAUGAAGCAGAGGGAGAGUACCAGGAGCCCAGUGCUCUCCUGCGGCCGAGGGAUCAGAGAGACAGCACCGCCUUGCUGUUAAACAACCCAGCCUGUCACCUACAUCUACCAGAUCACAGAAAUGGCUCCAGAGCCGUAGUCGUCCCCAGCUCCACUCAGGCUCAGGAAAAGAGCCUCAAUGUGCCCCAGGCUUGUGGUUUGGACUUGGACAUUGAGAAGGGCUUCCCCCCUAUGCAAGAGGAGCCUCCACCUUACCCUGGGUCCCCCCCAUACCCAUCUCUGUCUCCGCCCGUCUCCCCCCCCCUGCCUCCCAGCGUCCCCCACUACGCUGAGGCAGACAUUGUCAGCCUACAAGGCGUGAGCGGUAACAACACCUACGCCGUCCCUGCUCUGGCCUCCUCCAGCCCCGGGGCUGACGCCGCUCCGCUCCCAGAGCUGCCACGCCAGUGCCUCAUCUUCAAGGAGAAGCUGGGAGAGGGGCAGUUUGGGGAGGUGCACCUGUGUGAAAUCGAGAACCCUCAGGACCUUCCCACCUUGGAGUUCCCCUUCAACGUGAGGAAAGGCCGCCCCCUUCUGGUCGCCGUGAAGAUUCUACGCCCGGACGCCUCCAAGAAUGCCAGGAAUGACUUCCUGAAAGAGGUGAAGAUUUUGUCUCGCCUGAAAGACCCAAACAUCAUCCGGCUGCUUGGGGUGUGUGUGAGCAGUGACCCCCUGUGCAUGGUCACGGAGUACAUGGAGUGUGGAGACUUGAACCAGUAUCUGUCCCACCGAGUCCUGCUGGACAAAUCCGGGCCUUCCCACAAUACCCCCACCAUCAGUUACCCUGCCCUCAUCUCCAUGGCCAGCCAAAUCGCGUCGGGAAUGAAAUUCCUCUCGUCUCUCAACUUUGUGCACCGGGAUCUGGCAACUCGUAACUGUCUGGUGGGUGGCGAGAAAGGUGAAAGCGGAGAGGAUCAAGGCGGCGAGCGUCACAUCAAGAUAGCCGACUUUGGCAUGAGCCGAAACCUGUACGCCGGAGAUUACUACAGGAUCCAGGGCAGAGCUGUGCUGCCCAUCCGCUGGAUGGCCUGGGAGUGCAUCCUCAUGGGGAAAUUCACAACAGCCAGCGACGUGUGGGCGUUCGGGGUCACUCUGUGGGAGAUGCUGAGCGUUUGUCAGGAGCAGCCCUACUCCAACCUGACCGAUGAACAGGUCAUCGACAACGCUGGGGAGUUCUUCAGAGACCAGGGCAGACAGGUGUACCUGAGUAAGCCAGCCGUGUGUCCCCAGGGUCUCUACGAGCUAAUGUUGAAUUGCUGGAACAGAGACUGCAAGCUCCGACCAUCUUUCGCCUACAUCCACUCUUUUCUUACAGAGGACGCCAUGAAUAUGGUGUAAAGAGAGAGCAAGAUUUGUGCCCGUGCAUCUGUGCUGCCGUGGGACGGUGUGGUGGAGGGUUUGCUCACUGGGAGAGUGGGUUGCUCGCUUAUUGUAUUUUUUACUUUUUGGGGGGAUGGGGCUGAGACACCGCUGGUUCGGUUUUAAUUCCACCCCACAGACAAGACCUUAACCCCUGCUUUUGAUAGUUACCAGUUUGAGCUAUUUCAUUGUGGUUGGUGGUGGGUGCAGAC